CCCCACCGCCCCUCUCCUCUUGGUGCCCGCAGCAAUCAGGACGACUACCAGCUGGUCCGAAAGCUCGGCCGAGGGAAGUACAGCGAGGUCUUUGAGGCCAUCAACAUCACCAACAACGAGAGGGUCGUCGUGAAGAUCCUCAAGCCAGUGAAGAAAAAGAAGAUAAAACGCGAGGUUAAGAUUCUGGAGAAUCUACGUGGUGGCACCAACAUCAUUAAUCUGAUUGACACUGUCAAGGAUCCAGUGUCAAAGACCCCUGCUCUGGUGUUUGAGUACAUCAAUAACACAGAUUUUAAGCAACUGUACCAGAUCCUGACAGACUUUGAUAUUCGGUUUUAUAUGUAUGAGCUGCUGAAGGCCCUGGAUUACUGUCACAGCAUGGGAAUCAUGCACAGGGAUGUCAAACCCCACAACGUCAUGAUAGACCACCAACAGAAAAAGCUGCGGCUCAUAGACUGGGGUCUGGCCGAAUUCUACCAUCCAGCUCAGGAAUACAAUGUCCGUGUGGCCUCCAGGUACUUCAAAGGACCAGAGCUCCUUGUGGACUACCAAAUGUAUGACUACAGCUUAGACAUGUGGAGUUUAGGCUGUAUGCUGGCAAGCAUGAUCUUCCGAAAGGAGCCCUUCUUCCACGGCCAGGACAAUUAUGACCAACUGGUUCGCAUCGCGAAGGUCCUGGGCACAGAUGAGCUCUAUGGGUAUCUCAAGAAGUACCACAUAGAACUGGACCCACACUUCAAUGACAUCCUGGGCCAGCAUUCCCGGAAGCGCUGGGAGAACUUCAUCCACAGCGAGAACAGACACCUGGUCAGUCCUGAAGUCCUCGACCUCCUGGACAAGCUCCUGCGAUAUGACCAUCAACAGAGGCUGACUGCCAAGGAGGCCAUGGAGCACCCCUAUUUCUAUCCAGUGGUGAAGGAGCAGUCCCAGCCCAGCUCAGAAAACGCUGUGCUCUCCAGUGGCAUGACAACAGCGCGAUGAGGACUGGAAAACGACGGGUAAUUCAAGAUGUUUACAAAUAAAAGCAAAACCUUCGGUCACACAGUGAAGGGAAAAGAACCAAGGACCCCCCCCUCCUUCCCCUCCCCUUUAUACUCGGCAGAAAUCUAACCUUGGGGGGGGUCAUAAACCUCAGUUCCUCUCU